AUGCCGGUGCUCGAGGUGGCCUGCAGCCUAAUUGGCUGGUUGUGUCUCUACCUGUUGUUCUGCUGCACCUUCGCUCAGAGGGGGCCCGAGUGGAACUGCCGCCUGGUCACAUUGUCCCACGGCAUCCUCAUAGUGCUGCUGACGGCGUACGUGGUGUUUGUGGACGGACCCUGGCCCUUCACUCAUGCAGGUACCAAAAAUACUGAGAUGCAGACCUUCGCCCUAGCUGUCUGCCUCGGCUACUUCUUCUUCGACAUCAGCUGGUGUGUUUGCUACCGCACCGAGGGCCCCGUCAUGAUGGCGCACCACGCUGCCAGCAUCACAGGCAUCCUGCUAGCGCUGUUCAUGGGAGAGUCGGGCUGCGAAACCUGUGGGGUGAUCUUCGGCAGCGAGCUCACCAACCCCCUGCUGCAGACCCGCUGGUUCCUGCGGCAGCUCGGCCUGUACGACAGCCUGCUGGGUGAUGCCGUAGACCUGCUUUUCAUUGUACUGUUCGCCACCGUGCGAGUGGGAGUCGGCACGGUGAUGUUUUACUGCGAGCUCACCUCUCCCAGGACCUCGCUGAUAAUGAAACUUGGCGGCGUGGCGAUGUACGGACUAGCGUGGGUGUUCAUGGUGGACAUAGCCAGAUUUGGCUACAAGAAGAGCAGGGCCAAGUAUAGGAAGUGGAAGGAGAACCACAAGCUCCAAGAAAACAACACACAGAAAGUGGAUGGGCACUCAGACAAGAGUGACUGA